AUGAACUCCCAGCGAACCGCAUAUUUCGGCGCCACAGGCGGAUGCACAAACGCAUGUCUGGCCUUCUCUCUCCGACAAGGCCUCAAAGCCGUCGCACUGGCGCGGACACCCAAGAAAUUGCACGAUAUGCUGCUGGCCCAAGGAAUCAGUGAGGACACCAUCAGCGCAAACCUGAUUAUCAUCCAAGGCGAUGUCACCGACAUCGCAGCCGUCAAGAAGGCCUUGAUGUCCGGAGACGAAAGAAAACUCGUGGACAAGAUCGUCUCUGGCGUUGGUGCCCGGCCGUCGAUCCAGCUUUCCCUGACCACUCCGGUCAAAAUGGAUAAUCCGCAUAUCUGCGAGCAAGCCAUCACAACCAUCAUCAAAGCACUUGGGGAGAUAUAUGCCGAGUAUCCCGAUGAGCGACUGUGCAAACCUAUCAUCACCGUUAUCUCAACAACUGGUGUGGACGGUCCGGAUGAUGUGCCAUUUGGUUUCAAGUCGCUGUAUUCCGUUCUCCUUGCAGUGCCACAUGAAGAUAAGAAAAAGCUGGAGGAGCUGGUCAAGUCCGAUGAGCUGAAGGACGAAUCGUCGAGGGUGUUUGGUGGAGCAGUGAUUGUUCGUCCGUCGUUGCUGGUUGGAGACCAUCAAAUCGCCAGCAUUGGGUCAAAGAAGCUGCGGGUGGGAACAGAGGAGAAUCCACCUAUUGGGUAUACAGUCCAUCGUGCUCGUGUCGGCCAAUGGAUUUUCGAAGAAGUUGUCACCAAGUCCGAGGUGGACUGGGUGGGAAAGAUUGUGACUUUGACUUAUUGA